UACGGGUAUAAUAAUAAAAAAAUCACAUAUUGUUCGUCUUAAGCAGCCUAGUUUCUCCAGAGGAACGUCUUUCUGCUAUUUCAUUCUCUGCACAGAGGGAUCUCUCACUACGCCUAAGGUGACAAUGGCUGGAGAAGGGACGUACCAGUGCACCCUCGACGACGAAGCGUUGGAGACUGCGAAAAGAGAACUAAAUGAAGACCCAAUCGAGCGCGCAUCGCAGAUAGAAACGCUAAGAAAUUGGGUAAAGCAGCAACCCCACUUGAGAGCACGAACAGAUGACAACUUCUUGCUCAGCUUCUUGCGCCCUAGUAAAUUCAGCCAACUUCGGGCGCAGGAGAAACUUGACAAUUACUACACCAUGCGGUCCGUACCAGAUAAAGGUGUGCCUGAAUGGUUUGAAAACCUUGACCCAGCCGAUCCCAAGCUCAUAGAACUGUUAGAGAUGAAAGUUCUCUUUCCAUUACCUGGGCGUGACGACAAAGGGCGAAAGGUGGUGAUCACUACGAUGUCCUACGACCCGGCCAGACCUAACGUCAUCGUGGAUAUGUGUAGGCUGAUCAUACUCACCCUGGAUAUAUUACUGAAGGACGAAAAAACCCAGGUUUACGGCCUAGUGGACUUCACGGACUGUACUGACCUGUCUGUCGGCCACCUGACCCAGUGGACCAGAGAUCUUAUAGCGAAAUCGGUGAAAGUGUUUCAGGACGCCUAUCCAAUACGAUGGAAAAGUUCCAACUACUACAACACACCUGUUAUCUUCAAUGCUACAUGGGAGAUCUGCAAACUCUUCAUGAAGGAAAAGUUUGUAAAUCGGACUCACUUUCACUGGGGUAGUCUUGACUCUGUUUAUAAGGAGAUCCCAAAGCGAAUGCUACCCGAGGAAUACGGUGGCGAGGCGGGGCCAAUGGAAGACAUAAUACAAAACUGGAAGGAAGAAAUGCUCUCAUACCGGGACGAGAUAUUGAAAGACGCUGAAUACGGCAUUGAUGAGGAAAAACGACCCAAACCGACAGAAACAGCUAACGAUGGCGAAUGGGGUAUUAUGGGAUCGUUCCGAAGGUUGACAACAGCUGAUUAAUACCACGUGAUGCAUGCAGAUAAAUGCCAACACAUUAAUAAACAAACCCUGUGGCCUGACGUGCAGUAUUCCUUUAGAAUGCAUUGGUGUUUUUUUUAAGUUUCUCAAAUGUUUAUUAUCGUCAGCUUGCAUUUCUUGGUAAACACACUGAGGAACUUUCGCAGACGAGUCUCAGGGUGACUUUUUGCGUGUGUGUGCGUGUGCU